AAAGGAGAAUUGGAAUCGAAUUUAAAUCAGUUCACUUCAGGUUUCAUCACCAGAAUAACAUUAACCACCAAUCACUAAAAUGGCAUUCAAAUUUGUUGCUUUCUUCGCUUGUCUUGCUGUUGCCAGCGCUGGAUAUCUUGCUUCACCACUUGCUGCUGUUGCCACUCCAGUCUUGGCCAAGACCGAAGAUCAUGAUCCUCAUCCACAAUACUCCUACGGGUAUGAUGUCCAGGAUGCCAUCUCAGGAGACAGCAAGAACCAACACGAGACCCGUGACGGAGACAUCGUUCAUGGUCAAUACUCUUUGAAUGAUGCCGAUGGUUACAGGCGCAUUGUUGACUACACUGCUGAUCCCAUCAAUGGAUUCAACGCUGUUGUCCGCAGGGAACCAUUAGGUGCUGCUGUUGCUGUUAAGACUGUUGCUGCCGCUCCAGCUUUGAUCAAGUCCGCUCCUCUGGCCUAUGCUGCUGCACCAGCUCCUCUGUACAAAUCAACUCCUUUGACAUACGCUGCUGCUCCAACCCUUGUCAAGUCUGCUCAUUUGGCCUACUCUGCUGCCCCAGCCACCACUCUUUACCAAUCAGCACCAGCAUUGAUCCGAUCAGCUCCAGCUUUAGUCAGAACUUCUUAUGCUGCUCCAGCCUUGAUCAAAUCUGCUCCCGCUUUGGCCUAUUCAACUGGCCCAGCAUUGGUUAAGACUAGCUACUCUUCACCUUUAAUCUCAUACGCAUACUAAGUUUAUUGCUGAGGAAGCCUGUUGAUACCGAACUUCGAUACUGUUGUUAAUGUUGUUGUUUUUGUGAACCUGAAAUACAUAAUUGAAACGAAA